CGCCAUAUUGGGCAACCGAGAAAAGGGCUCGUCUUUUCUUGUUUUUUCCGUCGUCUUUUUUUUUUUUUUUUUUUUUUUUACUACACGGCAGCUUUGACAUCGGCGAGGUUUGCGGAGCGCAGUUUGGAUCGGGGGAGCCGCGGGCUUCGCAGCAGCCUGGAACCGGGCUUGCAAAAGGGGGCUUGGCUUUUCCCCAUCCUCCGCUCUCCCCGGUGUCCACUUGGUCUGCCCCAGGCUUUCUGGUGAAUAUCAGGGGUUCUCUCCCCCCGCCCUGUGUCUUAUGCAAGUGUUUGUUGUUGUCUCUUCUCGUGGAGCCGAGAUCGAGUGUAAAAAAAAGAAAAGAAAAGAAGAGGCAAGGAAGAAAAUAUUUGCACGUAGCGAAAGAGAAAAACAACCGCCGCCGCCAGAAGAAAGAGGGUGGGGGGGAAAUGUCAAACGUGCGUAUUUCGAAUGGGAGCCCGACCCUGGAGCGGAUGGAAGCCCGGCAGUCGGAGUAUCCCAAGCCUUCCGCUUGCAGGAACCUCUUUGGGCCCGUGAAUCACGAAGAGUUAAACAGGGACUUAAAGAAGCACCGCAAGGAGAUGGAAGAGGCAUGUCAAAGGAAGUGGAAUUUUGAUUUCCAGAAUCACAAGCCCCUGGCCGGCAGGUUAGAGUGGCAAGCCGUGGAGAAAGGGAGCUCGCCCGACUUCUACUUCAGACCCCCGAGGCCCCCCAAAGUCGCUUGCAAAUCUGCCACCCAGGAGAGUUUGGAUGUAAAUGGAAACUGCCCAACGGUGAUUGUAGUCGGUUCUCAGGGAAUCUCAGAGGACACUCACUCUGUAGAGCAAAAAACUGAUGUAUCUGAAAAUCAAACGGACUUAGCAGACCAGUGCACUGGGCAAAGAAAACGACCAACGACGGAUGAUUCUUCUCCUCAACCUAAAAGAGCCAACACAACAGAAGAAGAGGUUUCAGAAGAAUCCCCGAGUGCCAGUUCAGUGGAGCAAACACCCAAGAAAUCCAGCCCAAGAAGACGUCAAACGUAAACUGUUUAGAGUUAAGAAUAUGCAUUUCCUUGUUCAUCGGAUGCCUUGGUGGUUGAUGAAGGGAGGAAGAUGUAAAGUUAUAUAUAUAUAUAUAUAUAUAUAUAUAUAUAAAUUAAAAUACAUAUCGUUGAUUCUCCAUGGGAUGGAGAGCCUGUACAAGCACUGAAAAAAACAAAAAAAUAAACAAUAACACUAAAAUUUUAGGCACUCUUAAAAGACCUGCCUCUAAAAGCAUUGGAUGUAGCAUUGUGCAAUUAGGUUUUUCCUUAUUUGCUUCAUUGUACUACCUGUGUAUAUAGUUUUUACCUUAUGUAGCACAUAAACCUUUUUUGGGGGGGAGAGAGUGGGGAUGGAAAAGGGUGACCAAUUGAAACUUGCUUUCACAAUCUAGCAAGCAGGGAAAUUUAUGAAGAGAAGCAGUGUAGAGGUUUUCUUUAAAAAAAAAUAUUUAAAGAUGUAUUGUCUCUUUAAGUGGGGUCUACAAUGUCUUUUUUUUUUUUUAAUUAUACCAUAAUGCUAACACUGGCUACAGCAGACUGUUACAGACUGCUUGUGAAUUUCUACUUAUUACAUUAAGCUUAUGAGGUGAGAGCUCUGUUUCCGUUAUGUAGCAGCAAAAGGAUUUUUAUGUCCUGCAACUUCUUAAAUCUCUUAGGAUAAACCUAAAGAAUUUUAGAGUAGUUCCAUUGAUUCUAACUAUUACCCAUAACAUUGGCUGGAUAUUUUAAAAUGAAUCUGGAGAGUUCAUAUUCCAAAACAGAAUAUUGUUGAUUACUGAUGUUCAUGAGUGAGUGAAAAGGGACACUACAUCUUUAAACAGUAUUUCUACACUGCCUGUGUAUCUGUAUGUAAAAAUAAAAACAUAAAAGUUUGAAGUGUACCUGUGUACAUAACUCUGUAAAGACACUGAGAAAUUAUACUAACUUAUUUAUGUUAAAAGAUUUUUUUAAUCUAGAAGAUAUUUUUUCCCCAUAAAGCCAAAGUGGCAUGUUUUGUGCAUUUGUAAAUGCUCUAUUUGGUAGACUUUUAGGGUUUUUUUUUUUUGUUUCUGGUUUUUUUCUUUCUUUUUCUGUUAAUUAAUAUGGCUGUGCUGAAAGGAUUGCAGACUGAGCCAAGUUUAAUAUUUUUUUUGUAAUGCGUGAGAAAAAAUUGCCAAUUGAUAUUGUUUCACAUCAAGCAAUCAAUAAAGAAAACUGCCAUAUAUAUGAAA